CAACCCAAGUUCAAAGGCUGAUGAGAGAGAACAACUUAUGAGGAGUUUUUACUCUAGGGAGACUUGUUCAGUGUAUGGGAUCUUGGCGCUCGGGGAAAGAUGUCAGGCUCUUUCUGGCUCUUUCUGAGCCUUAUUGCUGUAACUGCUGCUCAAUCAACCACUGAGGAUCUGGCCAGGACAUUUUUGGACACAUUUAACCAAGAAGCCGAAGACUUGUCUUAUCAAAGUUCACUUGCAUCUUGGGAUUAUAACACCAAUAUUACUGACGAGAAUGUCCAAAAGAUGGAUGAUGCUGCGGCCAGAUGGUCUUCCUUUUAUGAAGCGCAGUCCACGCUUGCCAAAAAUUUUCCUCUAGAAGAAAUUUCAAGUUCUGUAAUCAAGCUUCAGUUGCAGGCGCUUCAGCAGAGUGGAUCAUCGGUGCUAUCACUAGGCAAGAGCAAACGGUUGGGCACAAUUCUAAAUGCAAUGAGCACCAUCUACAGUACUGGAAAAGCCUGUAAUCCAAACAGUCCACAGGAGUGUUUAUUACUUGAACCAGGCUUGGAUCAAAUCAUGGAAAACAGCACAGACUACGACCAGAGGCUCUGGGCUUGGGAAGGUUGGAGGUCUGAGGUCGGCAGGCAGCUGAGGCCAUUAUAUGAAGAGUAUGUGGACCUGAAAAAUGAGAUGGCAAGAGGGAACGGUUAUGAGGACUAUGGGGAUUACUGGAGAGGAGAUUAUGAAGCAGAUGACUAUCACCGCAGCCAGUUGGUUGAAGAUGUGGAACGCACAUUUGCGCAGAUUAAACCAUUAUAUGAACAUCUGCAUGCCUAUGUGAGGAGAAAGUUGAUGGAUACCUACCCUCACCGAAUCAAUCAGACUGGAUGCCUCCCUGCCCAUUUGCUUGGUGAUAUGUGGGGUAGAUUUUGGACAAAUCUUUACCCUUUGACAGUCCCCUUUGGAAACAAACCAAACAUAGAUGUUACUGAGGCAAUGGUGAAACAGGGCUGGAAUGCAACCAGGAUAUUCAAAGAGGCUGAGAAUUUCUUUAUGUCUAUUGACCUCCCUUCUAUGACUCAAGGAUUCUGGGAAAACUCCAUGCUAACUGAGCCAGGCGAUGGCCGGAAAGUGGUCUGCCACCCCACAGCCUGGGACCUGGGGAAGGGUGACUUCAGGAUCAAGAUGUGCACAAAGGUGACAAUGGAUGACUUCCUGACGGCCCAUCAUGAGAUGGGACACAUCCAGUAUGACAUGGCAUACGCCAAACAACCCUACCUGCUAAGAAAUGGAGCUAAUGAGGGGUUCCAUGAAGCUGUUGGAGAAAUCAUGUCACUUUCUGCUGCCACACCUGAGCAUUUGAAAGCCAUUGGCCUCCUGCCACCUGAUUUUCAAGAGGACACUGAAACAGAACUGAACUUCCUACUCAAACAAGCGCUCACGAUUGUUGGAACUCUGCCCUUUACUUACAUGUUAGAGAAGUGGAGGUGGAUGGUCUUUAAGGGUGAAAUUCCCAAAGAGCAGUGGACGAAAAAGUGGUGGGAGAUGAAGCGAGAGAUAGUUGGGGUAGUGGAACCUGUACCUCAUGACGAAUCAUACUGUGACCCCGCGGCUCUGUUCCACGUUGCUAAUGACUACUCGUUCAUCCGGUAUUACACAAGGACCAUUUAUCAGUUCCAGUUUCAAGAAGCCCUUUGUCAAGUGGCUAAACAUGAAGGUCCCCUGCACAAAUGUGACAUCUCAAAUUCCACCGAAGCAGGGAAGAAGCUGCUCGGUAUGCUGAGCCUUGGAAAAUCAAAAUCCUGGACCUCAGCAUUGGAAAAUGUUGUAGGAGCUAAGAAUAUGAAUGUAACACCACUGCUCAACUACUUUGAGCCCUUGUUUACCUGGCUGAAAGAGCAGAACAGCAAUUCUUCUGUGGGAUGGAGCACUGACUGGACUCCAUAUAAUGGCCAAUCCAUCAAAGUGAGGAUAAGCUUAAAAUCUGCUCUUGGAGACAAAGUGUACGAAUGGAGUGACAAUGAAAUGUACUUGUUCCGCUCGUCUGUUGCAUAUGCCAUGAGAGAGUAUUUUUCAAAAGUCAAAAACCAGACAAUUCUUUUUGGAGAGGAGGACGUGCGGGUGAGUGAUUUGAAACCACGAAUCUCCUUCAACUUCUUCAUCACUGCACCGAAUAAUGUGUCUGACAUCAUUCCUAAAACUGAAGUUGAAGAGGCCAUAAGGAUGUCCCGGGGCCGCAUCAAUGAUGUUUUCCGCCUGGAUGACAACAGCCUGGAGUUCGUGGGGAUUCAGCCGACCCUGAGCCCCCCUUACCAGCCACCCGUUGUCAUAUGGCUGAUUGUUUUUGGAGUGGUAAUGGCAGUGGUAGUAAUUGGUAUUGUCUUCCUGAUCUUCACUGGGAUCAGAGAUCGAAGGAAGAAAAGCCAAGCAAGUUGUGAAGAAAAUCCUUAUGCCUCCGGGGACUUGAGUAAAGGAGAGAACAACCCAGGAUUCCAAAGCACUGAUGAUGUCCAGACCUCAUUUUAG